AUGGGUAAGGUUAGAGGUCAGAUCAAGGAUCCUAGGGUUUGGAACAGAAAAGAGUACCGAAAACUAGAGGAUGAGUCGUUCACAAUCUUCUUGGAUAAUCUCCCGGAAGACGUUUCGAAGAGAGAAUUGUUUCAACUGUUCAGUUGGACUGGCCGCAUAAAUGAUAUUUACCUGUCAAGAAAACAAAAAGCGGGCAGUAUAUACAUGUUUGCGUUCAUACGGUACACCACAAAGGGAGGGGCAUUGAAGGCUAUAACAGAAAUAAAUCGUAUGAAGUUGAGAGGAAAGGUGAUGUUUGUUGGAGAAGCUAAGUACAGGCGAUCAUUGGGUACGACAGACGGGAAAAAGAUACAGCCAGUAGGUGGUAAUCAAAGUGGAACGAGUCGUAAACCACAACGUGAAAGAGAGGCUGCCCAAAUAAUACCGACUAGAUACCCGACAGAUGCAAGCAAGGACAAAAAGGUCAAAGAUCCACAUGGAAAUGGGUGGACGAAGAAAUUGGAAGUGGCUGUGGCGAAAGAUAACCUAGACUGGCUACAGUAA